AUGGGGAGUGGAGAGGCCGGUGUGCAGCCGACUUUCGCCCAGUCUGCACUCGUCGCCCUCGACCGCGCCGACAAUAAUUCCACAGCCGCCGUUGUCAAAACAGGUGCAAUCAGUCUACCUAUGUGAGGAAAAAGUGCUGAAAUAACUAUUUUAAAAGAGUUUCUGCACUGUUAGGGAUCUUUGGGAGCUAUUCAAUCACCGUUUAAAAUUGGUGAUUUUCAAAUGCUCGUUUUUCUGAGUAUGGACAGUUAUCAUGCCUUGAGAAAUUAUUUUUUUAAAGCUUUUUUUAUGACUCAAUUCUAGUCAGAAUCGAAUAAUCAAAGAUUUUUACGGAAAAUUGUAAAGUCGGAAAGGGUGAGAAAAGGCUGAGAAAAGGCUCCUUAAAAUUUUUUUCUUUUAGGGUGACAAAGGUUCCUUUUCUGCUUCCUUUUUGCACCAUUUUUGCUGCCUUUCUCUUCUUCCAUUUUUUCUCGAGCCUCUAAAAUCCUAGAAAAAAUGGAAGGCUCGAUAAAGGGUCCCUCUUUGCUGCCUUAUUUGAGGAUCUCCAUUUUAUCGAAAACUUUCUGAGUUUUUCGAAAAAGUUUUGCAUCCUUCUCAUCGCACUUUUUGUAGUUUUUUCAUCUUUUCUCCGUGCACUACAAAACAUUUCUCAGUCGCAAAAAAGCGGAAUAUACGCCUUUUUGCCUUUUCAGACAUCUUUUGGGGCGACCUUAAAGUUUGUAGAAUGGAGAUAUUAAGCCUAAUCUUCCAGUUGCAAAGCUGAACUUAGAGAAAUGAAAUCGGUUUAUCUCCGAAUUUCUUCAUCCAAUUCGUAUCGAUUUUUUUUGUAUAUUCAAUUUCUGCGCACCCAGAAACAGCUGUCCGUUCAAAAAACCAGAAACAUUUUCGUAUAGUUUGGUUUUCAUAUCAAAAAAGUGAUUGCGGCUUUGAUAAGUGACGAACUUUCUAAUCUUCCGAGAACGUGUAAGAGGCUUUCACUUCUUCCACGACUCGGCUAUUUUUCGUCAUUGCGUUCUUCCUUUCUUUCUAUUUUAUGUAGAUAUAACAGUAAUAGGAAAAAAAGAGGGAAAUUUAUCAAUUUUACAUCUUUAAUCCGAUUAACUGGCUCUGAGGAAGGUGAAAAUUUUCAUCAUCAUUGUAAUUUAUCGAGGAAAAAAGGAGAACAGGAAAGCGUGAACGUUCCCACCCGAAAAUAAACAUUUUUUUUACGAGAAUGGGAGCGGAAAAGUUUUUUUUUCGUUUUCCUAAAAUCUGAAUGAACCAUUCUUCUGACAGUUUAUCAUAUGAUUAAUUUUUUUAGUUUUGGAAAAAAACGUUCAGAAGUUUUCGCUUAUUUUAAUGAAUUUUGAAGAAAAAGUUCUGGUGAAAAAAAGUUUUUUUCCUUCACUCUUUCAUAAUUUUGCGAAUAUCCAGAUUUAUACCUAUAGAGCGAAACUGAUUUGAAAAAGAUUGAUUCACUAUUUUGCUUGUGGUAAAACGAUUUUACUUUCUGGUAACAAUUUAACUUUUUUUUUUUAAUUUUCUACCUAAAUAUUUAAAGUUAGAAAUUUUAACUAUGCUAAUUCAUCAAUGAAGUCGUUUGGGUGAGCACUUUUUUGUGUGAAACCCCCUGUUAAAAAAUUAGUUCGAAGUUUAACGAGGGGCAUGGCUUUCGGAUUAUACCCGGCUGUGAACUUUAAGCCAACCGAGAAGCUUUGAGCCAUUAAAAAUUGGAGACGAUUGAAGUACAUUAUAAGCUUCAACAUUUCGUUCCAACCAAUUCUACGGCUUCUGUCGUUGCUACGAGAAUUCCAGGAAAUUUCCAUUUUGUUUGCAAUUUCAUCCGUAUGUUUCUUCCAUCGCUUGCAGAAAUAAAAAGAAUUUCCCGCCACGAACAAUUUCACGCCGGCUGUUUUGUUCUAAUUUGGCAACCCGUUUUCAGUUGUCGGCGUGACGUCACUGACGACGUUCCUGUUAGGCCUUCGGAGCGCUUGGAAACAUUCGCGGCAGCCUGAAGCCGCUGACCUCGCCCGAGCACAGGUUCCCAGAAACUUUUUGAACUGAAGAUCGUACAAAACUGAAUCAAUGUUGCUUUUUACUAGGUCUUUUUUUUUGACUUCACUAGGCUAUUGAAAAAAGUGCGGCGCGACGUCUACCUGUUUUUUUCAGAUCGUACUGAGGAAAUUCAUUUUCUAUAUGUUCAAAUAUACUACGGUUUUCAAGUCGCGGUCUAAGUCAAUUUCUGAAGAGACUAUUGUUUUGUAUGAAAAAUUUACAUGUUUUUGCUGUUUCAAUAAAUUUCUGGCUUUCAUCUCGUUUCUGCUUUUCUGUGAGAAAUUGUAGUCCUCACAAUAUUUUCAUAUAGCUCAAAGUUCAAAAAAAAUAUCAGGACGUUGUUUUUUAAGAUGAAAUUCAAGAAGUUUAAUUGAAAAAUCAGCUUUCCAGCAUCAAAAUUUUAUGAUUUGACGGAAACAAGCCACGUCUUCACGAAUUAUUUUUUUCAUUAAAAGUUUUCAGAUUUAUUCCGGUGUCGGUUUCGCUGGUAAAGCGCUCGCCGUCGCGACUGUUCUCACAGGUUUCGAUUCUUUUUUUUUUCCAAAUAAGCUUUCUUGUAUCGCUAAAGUUUUUUUUUAAUGAUAUGUUUUCCGUCUAUAUGUUCAGAUAGUGAUAUGAAAAUUCCAAUCUCACUUUGGAAUUUUUUUUACUUAAAAAUUUGAGCCGCAAAGAACCUGAUAAAAGUAAGCGAAAAGAAGGAAGGAGCUUAGGAGUUCCAGAGUAGUCCCUAAAGGGGUUAGUGGAGGAAAACAACAUCUAUACUCUAAAAAAUGGUCGCUAUAGGGGUAGACUUAGGAAGUCCCUUUAGGAGUUUUAGUUAGUGGCCCCUAUAGGGGACAUGCUAGACGAUAAUUUUCAUGAACUCUAUGUGAAGAAGCAUUUCCAUGGGAAAAACUAAAAAAAAAUAAUCUUUUUCAAAUAAAUUUGAACGACCCCUAUAGGGACGACUUAAGCUUUAGGGGCGAAGGGGUCAGACCCGAAACCCCUAUAGGGUCGCCUUGAUUUUUCCCCUAUAAGGACCACUUUUUUGGCCCCAGUAGGGGCUGUUUUUCCUCUUAACCCCUAUAGGGACCACUCAAAAAUUUCUGAGUACGAUUUGGACAGUACUGAAGUAAAUGGUUUCUUUUUUCAGUUUCUGGGUUCUCUCUGUUCAUCGUCGGAGUCUCGUGGGCGCUCAACGUGAACACGCCUCGCCAGUUUGGCUCGGCGAUGCGCAGAGCGUUCGGCGACAACCUCAGACUCGCCUCCAGCACCGAUUCGCAGUCGUUCGAGGACUUUCUUCGCAGCAUCGAGACUAAAACAGCGGCUCCGACUGCCCCGAACGCCCCCGACGGCAUUCCGACCGUCUGAAAGGUGCCAUCCUCCCUUCUCUCCACCUACAACUAGACACUUUCAGAGGCGAUGUUCAUUCCCAUCACGAUCUUAGUAGGCAUCCUGAUAUUAGUUGUGGUUUUGUUGUUAUCGGUCCGUAACCGUUUUCUUCCUUUGUGCAAUGGCAGCCGAGUGUUGCUGGUGAUCGCCCAUCCCGACGAUGAGACUAUGUUUUUCGCACCGACGAUCCGCGGCUUGAGACAGGCCGGUCACCGCGUUUUCCUUCUCUGCGUCUCUUCUGGCAACUUUUAUGGAGAGGUUCGGUUUUGGUUUUAAGGCAAGGAAGGUCUUUUUCCUCUGCUGACUGAAGUCUUCUGAAAGGUAUCCAGAAUACUGUUCGAUGUACUAGUAAGAUGUGCUGAAGGUUGCAAAAUACACUCAAAGUCUCGAUGGUUUUCCAAAUUGAUUGAUUUCCUUGAAAAUGAAUGGUUUUUUUUUCCCGGAACACUAGGAUUUUACUGUGUGCGAAAAUUCAGAUAUUGCUUUGGUAAUUAAAGAAUGUAUUUUUGAAGAUUAGUAUAACUCUAAUACCAACUAGAUAUUAUUCAACUGUCUAGUUUCAUCAUUCCCGUUCAGGGAACGACUCGCCGUCGUGAGCUCAUCGAAGCUGUAGAACGACUUGGCAUCUCUCCCAGCGACACUACGAUCCUCGACUACGAGGCUUUCCAGGACGGCGACUCUUGGAGUCGUCAUCCACUGAGCCUCGUCAUCAUGAGACACGUCGAAGUUAGUAUCAGUGACAAUAGCCCAUUCCUUUACUCUCGAAAGUAAGGGCAACAGACUGACCCUGGCAUACUUCUAACUACACAUAGCGCUCUUGUUGAAAUUUUAUUCCGGUCAGAGUAAAUGAAAAGCAAAAUUUUCUAUUUAUCAUCUUCUCCUUUAGAACUUCAGAUUCGAAACUUUUGAAGUUCAGUUAGUGAUUUUCACAGGUAUUGGCGGUAGACGCGGUGAUUUCGUUCGACCAGGGCGGCGUUUCUGGCCACGGCAACCACGCGAGCUGCUUCGAAGCCCUCCAGACGGCCUACACUCACGGCGUCGUUCCCCGAGACGUCCACAUCUUCGUCCUCGACUCGAUACCUCUGUGGAGAAAGUCCGUUUCAGCUCUUAUCAACCGAGUUUUUUCUGUAUAUUUCACAGUACCUUCACCUAUGCUUCAUAUUUUCGAAAAGAUAUCUUACUGUCACCUUUCUCAAGAUACAUUGGGCUUCUGGACGCGCCGUUCUCGUGCCAUCGGUCGCCAUUCUUCUACGUCGCGAGGUUCCGCGACAUCCGUGCAUGUUGGCGUGCCAUGCUUGCACAUCGUUCUCAACUCGUCUGGUUCAGGGUGCUAUUCAUCAUUUUCAGCAGGUACGUUCUUAACAAACACGCUAAAGGUGGGUCCCGAUUACAUCUUACCCGUUCACGAUAACUUUUUCUUCCUAAGAGCGUGCACAAUUAUAACCUACAGUAUGAUUUUUAGAAAGAAAGGUGCCCGAUCUGGUGUGAAAGUUUUUUUUAGUUUAGAAAUUGAGUAUAGAAUCUUUUUUUCACUUUCUUCGAUGGCCUUUUAAUUUUUGCAGCUUCAUUUUUCCCUGAAUGAAGUUUGAUUUAUAAGACAGAUGUUUUUUGGAUUUUUUUUUAAAAAAUAAGCUUUGAUUUAAAAAAAAAACUGCAUCUGCCCUGAAUUUAAAAAAAGGUAUUCGGAGGUUUCCUAUUUGAAGUUUGACCGGAAAAAAAUGAUACCAAUUAGUUUUUCGAUUAGUUGUCUAAUUACGAAACAGGACAAGGUUGGAAUUGUUGAUUGAAUAGGAAAAACUAGCGCAAACGAGAAUUUUCAGACGGUGCUUUAUGAAUAAGAACCAUUCUGAUAAUUUUUCUCCAAAACAGUAUUAGGUGAAUUGGCCGUUUCAGAUACGUGUACAUGAACAGUCUCCGUCGUAUUUCGCCGCUGCCGCUGGUCGCCAAUAGUCGUUGCAAGUCCAGGAAUCAUUAG